UUUGUCAGUUGUUACACCGGCAUCAUGGCGGCCAGUUGUCAAAUGGGGAUCCCUGAGUUUUUCGCGGGAAAACAUAUAUUCGUCACCGGCGCCACAGGUUUUAUGGGGAAAGUGCUGGUGGAGCGCCUCCUGUGGACUUGUCCAGAGGUGGGUCGUGUCUACCUCCUGAUGAGAACCAAGAGGGACCAGGCGCCAGAACAGAGACUGAAGGAACUGAAGGCAUCACAGGCAUUCGAUAAUGUCCGACAAGGCAACCCAUCACAACUGGACAAACUAUACAUUGUAGCAGGAGACAUAAUGUUACCGGGGCUUGGCAUAUCCCAGGACAUGAUACAGGAGCUGCAAGAGGUGUCGGUGGUGUUCCACUCAGCAGCAACGGUGAAGUUCAACGAAGCCCUGAAGAUAGCCAUCGAACAGAACGUGCUGUCCGUCAUCCGGUUGCUGGAGAUCUGUGACAGACUGCCCAACAUGCAGGCAUUUAUCCACGUGUCGACAGCAUACAGCAAUCCAGAGUUAACCACGGUAGAAGAGAAGGUGUACCCGCCACCGGUUCCCCUUGAAUACCUGCUGGAUUUGGCUGCCAACGACAGUCCCCUGCUCAAUGACGUUGACAGAUUCAUAUCUCCAAAACCCAACACGUAUACGUUCACGAAAGCAAUGGCGGAGACAGCGGUGAUUCAACAUGGCUGCCGAAACUAUCCUAUAGCGAUCGUCAGACCUACUAUUGUGAUAUCUUCUCUGAAGCACCCGUUUCCUGGUUGGUUGGAGAACGCAAACGGAGCGAGCGGCGUAGUCAUUGGCACGUGUCGGGGAUUACUGCGUGUUUUCAGAUGUAGAUCUUCAGCGUUGGCCGACCUGCUUCCGGUAGACCUCGCCAUAGACACCUUGCUGGCUGCUGCUUGGGAGAUAGCUGGUGACAGCCCGGCAGCCCCGCGAGUGUACAACUGCUCAGCGUCGGAGCGGCCGACGUCGUGGGGCGACAUGCGGCGCGCGCUGCUGGCGCACGCGCGCGCGCAGCCGCCCCGCGCCGCGCUCUGGUACCCCGCGCUGCACACCGCGCAGAACGGGUUUGUAUACAAGGUUCUGGAAAUUAUAUUGCAGACGGCACCUUUAUGUAUAGCAGAAAUUUUAACACGAAUAAUUGGAUAUAAGAAACGCCUAAACCUAAUUCGCGUGAGCAAACAAAUGCAGAACAUGCAAAACGUGAUGAAGUACUUCGCCCUCCGAGAAUGGAGGUUUCACACCGACAAUGUCAGGAAUCUGAGAGAAAGGCUGUGUGAAGCUGACAGAAGGAUAUAUAAUUUGGACCCUAACACUAUCGAUUGGGACGAGCAUUACGGUAACUUUGUGAAGGGUGUGCGGCUGUACAUCCUGAAGGAGAGCGAGCAGGACCAGCCGGCCGCUAAACGACGUCUGAAAAAAUUGUACUACUUACAUUACGGCCUCGCAAUCUUCCUGCCAGUGCUCGUCUUUCAAGCUUUCAUCAGAAGGAAACACAGAGAGAGCUUUCUCAAAGCUAUUUACAUCGUAUUGUCCGUGUUCAAAGCACUUUGCACAAGGACAACUCUUAAUAUUGUUUAAUGAAAAUCUGUAUAUUUUUUAUUAUUAUGAAAAUGACUAAAGAGAAGAACUGAGAAAAUACAAAUAUUGGAAGAAAUACCGCUGUGUGUGAGAACAUUUCAUUUUCAAAACUU